GCCUGUCUCGACCGUGUGGCUGGCUUUGCUGGUCUCCAAUUUGUGGUCAUCAUGGCUGAGACGUGGGCGCAACUGAAGAAGGCCACUCUACCACCAUCGUCUUCACAGUCGCAUUUCAUCAAGGCCACCGAAGCCAUCAAUUUUAAAAAGUGUAUCCUCCGACUUCUAACUAUUCACUCGCCCUGUGUCAACGAGGAUUGUGCUGACUCACACAAAAAAGAUGGUGACGCAGUGACAUCUCCACCAGUUUUAACAUAUCUGCACCAGUGCAGAAAGAUAUUGGACUUGCUGGAAGAGACGGAGGAAAACGAGGACCUGCCGCAGUGGCUGCGUCUUUCUCGUUAUUGCUUUACCCUCCUUGAUUUGCAUGACCAGCUGGCCAGCCGCGGCCUCCUUGACAAUGUGCGCUUCGAUUUGGGCAUUGGAGCUCGUUCGCUGGCACAGGUUGCCAGUCUCCUCUCUGAUGAGCGUGGCGUCCGGAAUUUGGUAGCGGGUUGGAUCAACAUCUUGAUCCUCUAUCGGCAGCAGUUGGAAGCAUCUACGCAGACCACCGCUGCCGCGGUAGCCGACGGCACAACAGUUGCGGCCGCCUCCGGGGAACGUCAUAUGCGCUUUCAUCUGCGUGGCAGGGCUUCCAGUAAGGAGGAUCAAGCUGAUCUGAACGAAAAACUGAGGUGCGUUUCGUUACUUGAUGCACAGCUCUCAUUCAGGAGGGGGGUAUUCUCCGUGUACGGCAUUAUCCCAUGGUUGCCUUUUGUUGUUUGA